AUGCCACCAAAAUCAGCCGAAUCUCUUCUAUUUCACAAGAAGAAAUCAAUAAAGAAGGAGCCCUCUACGCCAUCGACAGCUACUCAAGGCUCUCAACCAUCCCAGUCACAGACAUCUCAAUCACAGCCAUCCCUCCGCAAAUCCGUUACUCCUCGCAUACAACCCACCCCACCCAACGCUGACCCAGAUGACAGUUCUAAGCUCCCUGAUGGCGAGUUUGCCGAAUACAAGCUCAUGUCCUCUGCUCUCAAUGGAUGGAAAUAUGAUGUUAUGAAGUUUGAUUCGAGAAAGACUGUAGACAUUUCGACCUGGGAGGAGCCGAUAAAGCUGAAUAGGAAGGAGUUGAGGAGGGACGAGCCUGGUCCAUCCACCCAAGUACCUGCGGGACCCAUGCUGGGGCCUGACGGGAAGCCUGUUAUAGGUUCAGAUGGAAAGGUCGUCUUGGUCGAUGCGGAUGGCCGACCGAUAGGGAACAACGGUGAUGGGGCUCAGUCGAAGGACAAGGGCAAAGGUGCCGGUCGGAAGAAAUUUCAGAAGAAGACACGGCAGGUAUUUUUGGUGCCUGAGGCAACCCGUCAACUGCGGCGCGAGGAACGCUAUCCCUGGGUGAUGGAGGACGCAAAGCAGAACGAGAUGUGGGUAGGGAAACUGGAGGAGGUGUCAAAGGCGGAGACACACGCUCUCUUUAUGCCAGCUGCACAAGAAUUCUUCAAAUUUGUACCUGCCAAUCGCUGGUACAAGUUCCAGAAGAAGCCUAAACAUCAUGUCCCUGGACUAGAGGAAGCGGAGGCUCUGAUGGCCAAGAUUCAGAAGAAUAAAGACCCCGAACGUUGGCUGCUGCACCGGAGAAAGGGGCAAGCGCCCUCGGCAGCAACGUCAGAAAUGUUCAAGGCGGAGGCGGAAAACCGCGUUAUAUCUGGUAGUUCGUCACUGGUCUAUUCGUCUGGACAGAGUCGAGCUAUGGGUGGGCGAACACUACGGACAACGAACCGCGGAUCUCAGGGUGGCGGUGACGACGACGAAGGAGCGCCCAGGAGAAAGAAGGAGAAUGACAUGGAAGGAGACCUGGAUGAGCAACUUUUUGAUGACGAGUUUGCGGAUGACGAGGAGGCAGGUCCAGCCGAUAUGGACGAAGAGGAGGCAAAAGAGCUAGAGGAACGCCUCAAACGAGAGUAUAAGAGCGCCAACAAGACCCGCGAGGGCUUUGUCGACGAAUCAGAGUCCGAGGAUGGCGAGAGUCAGCUGACGAAGGACGGCAAAUCUCUCAAGAAGCUCAUGCGCAAGCUGGAGAAGAACGCUGCAUACGACAGCGAUGAAGAGCGCAAUCCGUAUGCAAGCUCCAAUGAGGAGGAAGAAGAGGAAGAAGAUCCAAGUGUCGCAACGGCACCUACUCAAGAGCAGCCUCAACAGAAUAAAUCUCGGUCAGCUUCUCAACAACCCCCUCCGAAACUAUCGCAGCCGUCUACGAGCGCUGCUCAAAACGGUUCGGCUGUUGACUCUCGUGCCACUUCGCCAGCGCCUGCAAGCAUGGGCGGCCAUUCUGUCGUCGCGAAACGCGCCACAAGUCCCAAAGCACCGAAGCUCAAGUCGACAUCGACGAACGGCAGUCGCACAACCAGUGGACAGGGUGCUGGAAGCAGGGCGACUAGUCCUGCCACUGGCAGUAGAGCAACUAGUCCUGCAGCUCUAUCUAAGGGUUCAGGCAGCCCGACGUCAAAUGGCCAGCCAACAUCGUCGAACAAGCGCAAGGCUACUGAUGAUCUUGGUGGGAACACGGCAUCGGCGGCUGCGGCAGGCGAAUUGGAAGAGAGGAUGCUCGUCGAGUGGUUACAGAAUACGCCCAACGCGACAACGCGGGACUGUAUUCAGCAUUUUACGCCUUACUUGACUACAGAUGCGAAGAAGGCGAAGUUUACGGCGAUGGUGAAAGAGGUCGCCCAGCUGAAGGGAGGUAUUCUGAUAUUGAGGAACCGAGAGGCUUCUGCAGCUGCCUCGCCGGCAUCGUAA